AUGCCACACCACAUCCCCUGGCGCGUCCAGGUCACCGACCACCCCGGCUCAACCGCCGAAGACAUCAAAAAUGAGCCGGACUGGAAGAACAUCCACGGACACAGUCAUCGUGUGGGCUUCAGGAACAACCAAGGUGAUCGCCUGCCGGGUAUCACGCACCGCGACGACGAGCGCAUCGAAGACGCAGAGAAGAUGGGCGAUGAAGCCAAGGCUGAGUACGAGAAGCUCAAGCAGCGGGACUGGAUCAAUAAUGAGGAGGAGUGGCCUGCGAACAUCAAGAGGAAGCAGCAGGAGGAGGAAAAGAAGAGGAAGGAGCAGGUAGAGACAGGUAAAGGCGGUGAUGACAAGGAAGAGGAUAGGAGCAAUGCGAAAGACUCAAAAGAUGGUAAUGAUCAAGAUCAGGGAAGUCAGGACGAAGAGAAGUGGAAGCACGAGACUGGCCAGAAUGGCAAGCACCACGAUGCCUACGCAAGCAAGGGCGCAUCAGACUCCGGCUAUUCAAGUGAUGAGUCGGAAAAGCACAAAACAAAGUAUGAGAAACUGAGGGAAUGGUACACACCUCAAGAGAUUGCACUAUUGCGGGCGUUGCAACAUGAGAAUGACUACAUCACGAAGCUGGAGCAGAAUGAUGGCAAGCGCCUAAGUCCGCAACACAACAACUGUAGCACUAUUUCCAUCGACGAAGCAGAUCAAUUCUCACCUGACAACUGGCUCCCGCGCUCACCAGAUCUUAUCCGCUUGACUGGCAAACAUCCUCUGAACGCUGAAGCGCAUCUUACCCAUCUCUUCGAGGCUGGCCUCAUCACACCAAAUGAGCUGCAUUACGUCCGCAAUCAAGGCGCUGUCCCUCGGUUUUUGUGGGAGUUUCAUAAAUUGGAUAUCGAGAACGGCAAACUCAUACUCUCUAUGGAUGAUCUGAAAAACAAACUCGACACACUUAGCAUUCCCGUCGCAUUAGCUUGCGAUGGCAAUCGUCGCAAAGAGCUAAACCUGGUCAAGAAGUCGAAGGGCUUUAGCUGGGGCGCGGGAGCUGUGAGCUGUGCGUACUGGAAAGGCCAGCUGUUGCGAGACGUCCUUCUCGAAGCAGGGAUUGAGCACAAGAUGGCAGAAGGCAAGCGCUACUGGGUCAACUUCGAAGGCGCCGACGAACCGAGCGAGGGCAGGUAUGCUACCUGCAUACCUUUCGACUACGCCAUGGAUUCAACAAAUGACGUGAUACUGGCAUUGGAGAUGAAUGACAAACCUUUGCCGCCAGAUCAUGGGUAUCCCGUGCGGCUGAUGAUUCCAGGAUACGUGGGUGGUCGUUGUGUCAAAUGGCUAAAGCGCAUCUGGGUCUCAGAGAAGGAAAAUGACUCGUAUUACCACAUCUGGGAUAACCGAGUUCUGCCUUCGUUUGUCACCGAGAAGGAUGGCGAGUUCGCGGAGACUCUUUUCAGGCAUCCCGACACAGCAUGCAACGAACAGAAUCUCAACUCCGUGAUCGCUAAGCCAGCUCAAGGUGAGAAAAUUCCACUCGCAGCAGCAAAGAAAGGCGAGACAUAUCGCAUCGAAGGGUACGCAUACGAUGGCGGAGGCCAUGAAGUGCAACGAGUGGAAGUCUCACUCGACGACGGAGAGACAUGGCUCUACUGCAUUCGAAAGUUCCCCGAUGCACCGAUCCGUCACGGCAAGAAGUUCUGGACGUGGCUGCACUGGCACGUGGAUGUCGACUUUACGCAUCUUUUGCGAGCAAAGAGCAUUACUGCCCGCUGUUUCAAUGUUUUUAAAAACACAGAGCCUCAGCAUGGCAGUUGGAAUGUCAUGGGCAUGAUGAAUAAUGGAUGGCACCCAAUUGAGCCAGGAACUGGUGACGACGGUUGGAUGAAGCCCAUCACCGAGAACCAGGUUGCAACGGCGAAGCAAGAGGCUGGCGCACCGUCGAAGCAGUUCACGAGAGAGGAGAUCGAGAAGCACAACAAAGACAGUGAUUGCUGGAUCGUCGUCGAUAACAAGGUGUACGACGCGACAAGCGUGCUAGACUGGCACCCCGGUGGCAAGACAGCGGUCAUGAGUCACGCUGGAAAGGUGCACGCCGAGACGAGCAGUGAGUUUGAGAGCAUCCACGAUGGCUAUGCAUACCAGAAGCUCAAAGAAUGCAUUCUCGGCACAGUGACCGACAAAGCUGCGGCGUUCAUCAAGCAGAGCGUUGAAACUGCAGCCAAGGAAAAGGCUGAAUCAUCACACGGCUCAGACAAACUCACAUUGCAGAAACACAGAUGGGUACCAAUCAAAUUGCUUGAGCGUAAAUCAAUUUCCGACGAUACACGAGCCUACACCUUCCAGCUUCCUGACGGCAAACCGGACCUUGGCCUUGGCACAUGCCAGCAUGUGCAGCUGGGUUUCCAUAUGAAAGACCGCAUGCUGAUCCGCUCAUACACACCCACAAAGCCAUUGCUUCCGGAUGGCAAGUCCAGCAACAACAAGGAUCGGAACUUCUGCGAUGGUAAUGGCACCUUUGAGCUCACGGUGAAGACCUACUUCCCCACCGACGAGCAGCCCGGUGGCGCCAUGUCCAACAUUCUGGACUGCAUGCCCAUUGGCGAGGAGAUCGAGAUCCGCGGGCCGACAGGUGAGAUCGAGUACAACGGCAACGGCUCCUUCACGAUAUCAGACAAGGAGUACACAUUCAACCGCAUCAACCUCAUUCUCGGCGGCAGCGGAAUCACUUCCGGUUACGCACUGCUCGCGCGCGCCAUGCUGUCUUCCAACGACAAGGCAGAGAUCCGCAUCGUCGAUGCCAACGAGAGUGAGAAAGAUAUCCUGCUCAGGGAGGCACUCGACGAAUUCGAAAAGAACAGCAAUGGUAGGUUGAAGAUGACGCACGUGUUGAGUCAUCCAUCAGAUGGAUGGAAGGGUACGAAGGGCCACAUUAACGCGGACAUUAUCAAGCAAGCGCUGUUCGAGCCAGGUGAGAAGGUGGGAGUCUUCUUGUGCGGGCCGCCUGCCAUGAUCCAGAAGGCGGCCCUGCCUGCCCUGAAGGAGUGGGGCUUCAAGGAAGAUGAAAACGUGUUUGGGUUCUAG